AUGUCAAUAUCAAAUGUGUCAGUACUGCUAAGCAAUAUCCUACAGCUCACAUCAAUAUGUUAUCAACUACAUUUCAACAAGGUUAAAAAGUCAAUCUAUGGGUUAUCAUAUGACAUGAUAAUACUAGCGCUUGUGUCCGCAUUCACAUCAAUGCUUUCCACCAUUCUAUAUUCCUAUGAUUCGCUAGUUCGACAUCAGUACGUAGUACGCUAUAGCCAAUAUCCAGAAAUCCCCAUAUCUUAUACCGUACUCAUAUUGGAAACAGUUAUAUUCUUUGCAUAUACUGUUCUAUUCAGACAAUUAUUCACAUAUAGCAAGUCUAGAAACACCAACCAAGGAAUAAGCCAUCCGUGUACUUUUCUUCUUAGUACAUUCUUUGUCAUAUUGGUGUAUUUAGUGUACAUGGUAUGUACGUCUGAACCAUUAUAUGUGCUAGAUAUCGUUGAUUUCAUAUGGAUGAUAAGUAAGGUAUCAAGUGCAGUAAAGUAUAUACCUCAAAUAUCUAUGAACUGGUUUGGCGAGUGCGUCCGAGGGUUACAUCAUCAUUGGUUAUUACUAGAGGGAUUAGCGGUGCUAUUUAUGUUGAUCCUGAGAUACAGUAUGGACGUUCCAUUUUGGAACAUACCUGUCAACUAUCCCAGCUGGUUCGUCAUUGGAAUUCAAACCAGUUGCAUAAUCAUACUCUGGCGCCAAUUCUUAAUCUACGCUGAAAAUAAACCUCGGUUAAAGUAUGCAGAAUAA